GUCGAUAUAUAGCAAAACCAAUUGCCACGCACUUUACUAGAUUCAGUGGGACAAGUGCGCCGUUUUUGCAGAGACUGAGAGACGAGCUUCUCCGCAGUUUCAUCAGGAAGCUGGACUUGUAUUAAAAACUUACAGUCACAGUGCCAACAUGGCUGCCACAUUUCUAUAACAAAAAAAAUUGUGUCUGCUUUGCCUCCUUUGUAUAUAGAGUGAUGCAAGGAACCCUUUCGACCCACGAACAUGCUCCUCUUGGCUGCGCGCUCUAUACACGUCCGAUUCUGUGUUCACUAAGAGCAACGUCCGUGACUGGUUGCUACAGCUACACGUUGCUUUACCUGUUCUCUUGGCCAAAAUUUCUAUAUUUAGGAGGUCAGGUAAAUGAUUGCAGUUAUGUACCACACUUUUUUAAUAGUAGCUGCCACUAAAAUAUACAAGCAGUCAAACUUCAGACUUCAUCUGAGUGGUUUCUCCAGAUUGCUAAGACCACCUGGCGUUUGAUGAUAUUCGUUUGGUUUUUGCCACUGUUGAUCUAAAUCUCGUCUGUAGUCGCAGUCCAACAAUCCUCUGCAUCUUUAACACAAUCGUACAGAAAGUCUGCCAUUGAGAGUGCAGACUGUCAAUACCCUCAACGCUAAGAAGUUCGAAAUACCUUCUCAUGUCCUCCUCAAAACAGAAAGAAAGUGACAAGGACCAUGGAACUAAUACGCCUAGUAACGUUAUCAGAAAGCCCAACAAACGAAAGUCCCUACUUUCUCUGGGGUCUUCUAUCGUCUCCAUUUGGAGUAACAUGAAGACUGGUACUGAUGUUCUACGCAAUGGGGUGUCUCUGCCAAUCGAGCUGUAUGAGCCUAUGACGAUUUUACAGCGCACCGCAGAAAUGUUCGCGUACGCUAAUUUGCUCACCAAAGCGGCCCGACAGACCGAUCCCAUCGAGAGGUUGAUAUACUCUACUGCAUACUGCGUCUCUGGGUUCGUUGGAACUCAGAGGCUGUUUUCGAACUUGAAUCCGAUGCUAGGAGAGACAUUCGAAUAUAUAGACCCCGAAGAGGGAUAUAGAGUCCUAACCGAGCAGGUCUGCCAUCACCCUCCUGUGACGGCUCUGCACGCGGACUCUUCGAGCUGGUCUGUUUACUCUAACUGCCGUGUUGUGACUAAGUUUUUAGGAAAUUCUCUGGAUCUACGUCCGUGUGGGAGAACUUACAUUUUGUUUCCUGAGUGCAAUGAGCUCUUGUUCUACUCGAGUCCGCAAGUUCGCAUUCACAACCUGGUAUUCGGGUCGAUGUGGCUCGAGCAUUAUGGAGAGCUGAAGUUGACGAACUUGAAAACCAAGGCGUCGUCUGUUAUCAAAUUCAAAAAGAGCGGUGUUUUCUCGGGCCUUCACUAUGAUGUUCAGGGAAAGCUGUUCGACGAGAAGGGAAACGUCUUGGCGACUUUCGAAGGCUUGUGGAAUCAGAAACUUACUGUCACGAGAAACAAAAAGUCUGAAAAGAGCGAGCCUGAGGUUAUUUGGAACGUGGAUCCCAGCUUUUUUUUGCCUGAUAGUCAGUACAAUUUUACAGAAUUCGCACAAAAGCUGAUUGAGUUCAACUCAAUUCACAACCCCCAGAUACUUCCCCCUAGCGAUUCGCGAUUGCGACCCGACCGCCUAGCGCUUCAAAAGGGAGAGGUGGAACAAGCCAACCUAUCGAAGCGCUUUCUGGAAGAGCAGCAGCGCAGGUUCGAAAAGCAGCGCAAAGACGACAACGUAGAAUGGGAGCCAAGUUACUUCAGGAAUUACGAUAACGGCGUCAUUCCAGAGACGAUGUACCUGUACGAUGGGAACUAUUGGGAGCAGCGGGAAGAGAAAGAAAAGAAGAUAAAAGAAGGCGAGGAUCCGGGGGAUUUACUACUGCCCGACCACAUCAAGAACCAACAGGCUGACUUUGUUUCUUUGGCCAAGGAAUAUGAAAAUCUCAGUGCACAAAAAUGACGCGUAUGUCAUGCUCCAGUGAUGUCGCCCAUUCUGACGCGCACUCAGAGAGAGUACCAGAGUUUGUACGGUGUGGGACCUUGCGGCGACCGCAGCAGACAUACGUGUAACAGUGUGAGACAAAGUAUGUGUGUAUUUGUGUAUUAAAGCUUGCGCUGGGUUGGCGGUGGCCAAAGAGGCCCCCCAGCGAUGGCGCAUGACAACUAAGAGAGGGGUCCUCUUUUUCUUUC